AUGCCUCCAAAAGUAUCCCAAGCUCCUUCACAUCCUUCUGGGAUCGCGAUUCGCCGCCUGCGUGGCGGUGCGCGCCAUGGUGCACCUCAAUCUCGUCUCCAAGUCGGUCCAGCUCUCGUCAAAUUUGGUGCUGUUGAUAGGAGGGUUAAAAUCAAGAUCAAUGCCUUUGCGGUGACAGUGCCGGAGUGUGUAAUUUACCAAUACGAUGUCAUCUCGUCCGACAAGACGACAACCCUUCCGGCUCGUUUCAACAUGGAGUUAUUUAAGCUCCUCCAGACGGACGUAGCACCAGAGGUGUUUACACCUCGCGCGGUUUAUGACGGACGCAAAAUUGCGUUUACCGUCAAGAAGCUUCAAUUGAAUGAUAAUCGUUCUGUUGAGUUCAGUGUUCCGUACGGGACCAGACAGACUGGAUUAGGCGUAACCACACCACGAAUAUACAAGAUCAAACUCACAGAGGCUGCAGUCGUGAACCCUCAGGUCCUACAGCGGUUUAUUGCAGGCAAACAAUCACAGGAGAACAGUGUCCUUGCGGUGAUCACGGCAUUGAAUGUCGUUGUACGCAUGGAACCGUACCUCAACCAUCCGUUCAACAUAGCGUCCUUCUUUACAAACACCGAGAGUGCAAACGUCGGGCUCGGCGUCCAGCUGUGGCGCGGGUACUUCCAAUCUGUGCGACCCACUUGGAAUUCAAUGUUUAUCAACAUCGACAUCUCGACGGGAUCUAUGUACAUGCCUGGCAAGCUCACCACGAUUCUUGUCCAGAUGCUCGGUAGAAGCAAUGCGACACUGAAUGAGAGGACAUUCAUUCCAGGUCCUGGACUGACGCCGGGUGAUAUCCGAAAGCUGGGUCGGCAGAUUAGUGGCGUGCGCGUUACUGUGAGGAUACCCGGACGGCCUGAUGUCGAAAGAGUCGUGAAGAAGCUGUCGCUCGACACAGCGAAGGCCAUACAGUUUACGUCCCCCAAGGAUAGACCGAUGAAUGUCGUGGACCAUCUUUGGAGGACGUAUAACGUGCGACUGCAGUAUCCGGACUUCAUUUGCGCUGAGGUUGGGAACGGCGCUUUCAUACCUAUCGAACUCUGCCAUAUCAAGCCUGGACAGAUUAUGCGGAAGCAGAUAUCAGGCGAAAUCAUUAAGGAGGUUCGAAAGUUCUCAACGAUGGAGCCGCCUGACGGCUUGAGGAGUAUCAAACAAGGACUCGACGUACUGGCAUAUGGCCAGUCGGAGUACGUUCGUCAUUUUGGCAUGGCCGUAACUUCUCCGGAGCCCCUUGAGGUUGAUGCACGAAUCUUGGCUCCUCCCGUCUUGGAGUAUAGUAACAAGAGUCGUCAAAGAGAGAUUACACCUAAGGAUGGAAAAUGGAACAUGACCGACAAAAUUCUAUUCGAACCCAAGGCCAUUCCCAAGUGGUCACUGAUCAUUUUCGAGGUGAAGAAGCAUUUUGAUAAUGCAGCGUGCGUCAAUAUGACCAAGGCUUUUGUUGAUGCGUGUCAUAAAUUUGGUAUGUAUAGUUCAUCUCAGUUUCGUCAAGUGGGUAUUCCCACGCAAUGCAUGGUCGGGCAUAUGUGCUGUUACGCCCAACCUCAAUACUUUGCAAACGUUUGCUUGAAGUUGAAUGUCAAGCUGGGCGGGAUCAACCUCAUCCCGUGGCCCACGUCUGUGCCUGCUCUAACUGAUGUACGGAACCCGACCAUGAUCAUCGGUGCGGAUGUCAUGCACCCUCCUCCUGGGGCGAACGACCGUCCGUCCUACACGGCAGCAGUCGAGAUGCAUGUUCAGAAAGGACGACAGGAGAUCAUCGAGCAUUUCCAGUCCAUGUGCAAGGAAUUGAUCAAGGACUAUUGUGACUACCACAUGGUUAUAGAGAAGAAGGCACAAAUCAAACCGAAACGAAUCAUUGUUUACCGAGGUGAGACGAUCAUGCAUAGAUGCUUGCUCGCGGUAUUCACCGACUCCUUUAGAUGGUGUUUCCGGAAUCCGAGAAAGAAGUUCUUGAUACUGACGCACGAUGUAGACGCCAAAAUAACCUUCAUCAUUGUCAGGAAGCGUCAUCACAUCCGCAGGAAGAAGACGGAGACCAGAAAGGCAUUGCCUUGCGGGACCGUCGUAGACCGAGGUAUCAGCCAUCCAACCGAGUUCAACUUUUAUCUCUUGAGUCAUGGAGGACUGUUAGGAACCAGUCGGCCUACACAUUACUCGGUGAGUCCUGAUAACCUUCAGACGCUCAUGAACGCCCUUUGCUACGUCUAUGCUAGAUCGACUCGGUCGGUGUCCAUCCCGGCGCCGGUUUAUUACGCGGACACGGUCUGCUCCCGGGCAAACAAUCACUUCUCUCCCGACUCGCAUCUAGGACCAGACGAAGAUUGGAGUGCUUCUUCAGAUACAGGUACAGGAACGCCUGCCGAAAUACUUGAGAAGUAUCGCAAGUCCUUUAUGCCGGUGCACCAAGGGCAGGGAAGAAAGAUGUACUUCCAGGUAGGUUGAUUUGUCUCCCUUCGGAAUGGUUACAGGCUGACGAGAUUGUGAC